AUGGAGUCGUUGCAGCUCUACCAGCUCCUCCUCCCUCUCCUGGCCAUUGUCGUCCCUCUCCUAUGCCUCAACCGCGCGGUGCGCCGACGCCGGCACCGCGAGGGCGCCCGCCUGCUGCCUCCGUCUCCGUGGGCACUUCCGGUCAUCGGCCACCUCCACCACCUCGUGGGUGAUCUGCCGCACCGCGCCAUGCGCGACCUGGCGCGACGCCACGGCCCUCUCCUGCUGCUCCGCCUCGGCGGCCUCCCCAUCGUGGUCGCCUCCUCAGCGGACGCCGCGCGCGAGGUCAUGGUGGCGCGCGACGUCGACUUCGCCACGCGCCCCAUCAGCCGCAUGAUCCGUCUCUCCAUCCCCGAGGGAGCAGAGGGGAUCGUCUUCGCGCCGUAUGGCGACAAGUGGCGCCAGAUCCGCAAGAUCUGCACCGUCGAGCUGCUGAGCGCCCGGCGCGUCCAGUCCUUCCGGCCCGUGCGCGAGGAGGAGGCCGGCCGGCUGCUCCAGGCGGUGGCGGCGGCCGCCGCGUCGUCUACCCCGGUGAACCUCAGCCAGCGGCUGUCGGCGUACGCGGCCGACUCGGCGGUGCGCGCCAUCAUCGGGAGCAGGUUCAAGGACCGGGAUAAGUUCCUGGUGAUGCUGGAGCGCGGGAUCAGGCUGUUCGCCAGGAUGAGCUUGCCGGACCUCUACCCGUCGUCGCACCUCGCCAUGCUCGUCAGCCGGAUGCCGGGCCGGAUGAAGCGGCACCAGGAAGAAGGUGCCGCGUUCAUGGACGCCGUCGUCCAGGAGCACCAGGAGAACAGAGCAGCCGAUGACGACAAGGAGGACUUGCUCGACGUGCUCCUGAGGAUCCAGCGGGAAGGCCACCUGCAGUUCCCCAUGUCCAUUGACAACAUCAAGUCGGCCGUCGGGGACAUGUUCGCCGGGGGCAGUGACACGUCGGCAACCACGCUGAUCUGGACCAUGGCCGAGCUCUUGAAGAACCCCAGGGUGAUGCGGAAGGCGCAAGACGAGGUCCGGCGAGCCCUCGCCGGACAACCCAAGGUGACAGAGGACUCCCUAGGCGGCCUCAACUACAUGCGCCUGGUGAUCAAGGAGGUGCUCCGGCUGCACCCUCCGGCGCCGCUGCUGCUUCCGCGGGAGUGCAUGAACGACUGUCAGGUCUUGGGCUUCGACGUGCCCAAGGGGACCAUGGUGCUCGUCAACGCCUGGGCCAUCAGCAGAGACCCUGCCCACUGGGACGCCGCCGAGGAGUUCAUACCGGAGAGGUUCGAGCGCGGCGAGAUCGACUUCAAGGGGGCGGACAUGGAGUACACGCCGUUCGGGGCGGGCCGGCGGAUGUGCCCCGGGAUGUCGUUCGGCUUGGCCAACGUUGAGCUCGCUCUCGCCGGGCUGCUGUACCAUUUCGACUGGGAACCGCCGGGAGGGGCGGAGGCCGGGGAGCUCGACAUGACGGAGGAGAUGGGAGUCACCGUGAGGCUGCGUCGUGACCUUCUGCUUGUUCCGGUGGUCCGAGUGCCCUUACCACUAGACUAGUGGCUAGCCAGGUUCUCCUAAUCAGCAGGCAUUAGUAGGUAGCGCAAACCUCUCUUUUUUUGUCAAGUCUCCGUUUGACUGUGGCUUCGUUAUGUCUC